AUGAGUUCACUUCUAAUGUUUAGCGGCCAAACGUUCUACAUCUUUCCGACGGAGCGGGACGUCGAGGUGAUGGACCUAAUACAACUGAUCACUGACCAUGGAGGGGUAGUGUUUGAUUAUCAUAGGAAAGGCUAUUAUAAGAACGAUCCUGCACUCAAGCAGGGUCAUGGCAUUGUGCUGGUCGACCCAUCCCAACCCUAUGCACCCGAGCUAUUCCAGAGAAGAGUUCGGGUGAACGAGGCCCAAAACACCAGACUGGAAUAUGUCAACUGGGGUUAUAUCCGAUUCAGCCUUGAUACUAACGAGGUAUUGAGUGUGGAUGAAGCAAUGGACUCUCUCGUCUUCAAUCGGACGGCGGAGAGCAACGGCGGAUGGAGGAUCCACCUCUCACCAAAACUUGGAUUCAGCGAGCAGCGCUUCGAAAAGAUCAAGGAGCAGAUUACGCUUCGAGGUGGCCAGAUCGUCGAAGACAAGGAAGAGGCGGAUAUAAUCAUUCUCCCCGACGAUCCUGACAUUCUUGAAGAAGGUCGAACCAACUAUCGAGGGAAUCCAGAAACGCGUGUAGAAAGCUAUAGAUGGUUGGUUGAGACAAUCAAGAGACAGUACAUCAAAUUCACCCCACCGGAGAUUAAAUUUAUGCCUGGUACUCCCGUAUUGAAACGGACUCCGUUUACUGAACAAGAGAGGGAGCAUCUUGUGAGGUAUAUGGGUGCGCACUGUCAUCCAUCUGGGAGCGGAAGAAUGGGGCAUAACCUGUACAUCAAAAUGUGUGAGGAAAAAGAAUGGGCCAAAGCGCACCCAUGGCGAUCUUGGCGGGAGCAGUAUAAGAAGAACUCGAAAAAGUUUGACGAGGACAUAUACAAAUGGCAAAAAGCUCAUCCUGCCAAGUUUGCGGAUGGACAUGGCAGAGAUACGCGGCGCAAUCCGCCAGGGAGACGACGAAUCCAGGCCAAGAGGCUUGUUAGAAAGGCGGAUAUAGGACGAAGGAGACGCUUCGAGGACGAGCAACGAACGAGACCAACGUUCCCGCCAUCUCGCAAGCGAAGGCAACCCGACAUUUCAUCCGAAGAUGAGCAACCACCUGCUUCGGCAGAUGAGGAAGAACUACAAGACUAUGGAAUUGGAGGAGACGAGGUUGGAAUGGAUACCGGAGAGCAAUUCGAUGAAGUGCUCGAUGCUAUGCCAAAGUCGACACCCCCACGAGUCGAAGCAGUCCCGCCCAGCAAACGCAUGAAGUACAGCACUGGAGAUGACGUUUCAAGGACACUCGUUGGCCGACCGUCUUCAGCUGUACCCAGCUUUUCACGCAAUCAGCGAAGCACUCCUCAACCACAGAGCUCUCGCGCCGGCCCAGCGGCUUCAACUGCAAAGAGCGAGCAGUACUAUGGCAUAGUGAGCGACCUCGAUGAACCAGACGAAGAGGACGAAGAUUGGGAAGAGAAAUUGGUUCGUGAAGCGAAGAGCUCCACAGACGAUCACUAUAGCGGGAGCAGCAGACCUGCUGGUUUGCCACCAAACCUGGACCAGCAGAGUGUGAGAAAAAGCCUAGCGAAGAAAAGUCGUGGAUCACUCAAGGCAUAUCCUACCACACACCAAGACGAAGAAGAAGAAGCGAGAGAGGAAGCAACGAUCCCCGCUCGUACUUUCAAGCGUGUGAACAGGUUAAAAGCCGAAAGCUCGCCGACUUUCAAGCUCUCAAAAGCCGGGCAAAAGUAUUCAAGCAACUUACUCAAACGGCGGGGUGGAGAUUCCUGA